GAACGAUUAAAAGGAGCGACAGGGGGUACCACCUAUCUCGCCAAGAAAUUACGGAGUCCGGUACCUACUCCAAGGAAGAUAAAAAGACUAAGAACUGCUUCUCCACAAAAGCCAACAACUUCAUCUACUGACCCAGCAAGCCACACUGUUCAACCAACACAAACUUUUUCAACAAAAACCAAACCCAAAUCAGUACCGUUGACCCGAAUCGAAGCAGAUGUCCAAAAGGCCCUUGGCUACAUUCGCCGUCGUCAGUACAGCAGAGGGCUUUCUGCAUUGAUGGCAGCACGUGUAGGAUUUAAGAAUGCCGUGAACAGCAUGAUCCAACAAACUGUGCGAAAGGAAGUAUCCAGACUAUGUCAAAAUGCACAAUCAAUAUUCAAGGGAGGUAAAUCCUUGGAGGAGAUGAAAAACUUUUCAUGGGAAACAAGGUACCAGGAAGGGGUGAAAGAAUGUCCAAUGCUGACGAACGUGUUAAUUGGUGCAACUACAACAAAAAACAGUAGUAAUUAUCUUGGACUGGCAUCAAAUCCAUCUACAUCUGCCAAACCAACCAUAGGGACCCUCCUGGCAAUCAUACUGUAUCAAAGGAAGCCACGUAUAAUGUAUGAUCUCCAGGAACUGAAUUCAAUACAGAUGUGGCUUGCAGGCUGCAAGAGAGAGAUGUUCAGCAGAUUCGAGCAUCUAGGUCUGGCAACUGGAAUUAAGGGAACCAGGCAUUCACUAGACAGGGUGCGGAAAGAGUAUGACUGUGCAGUUUUUGAGUGGAAGAGAACAGUUACAGAUUAUCUGUUGCUUCCAUCAGAAACAUCUGCUUCUGACACCAUCCCAUAUGCAACAGGAGGGGACGAUUCAGAUUCGUUACCAUCCAUAGAAUCCAUUCUUGAUCAGGAACAUACAAGUCCAACUGAAAUGCAAGUGUCUACUCAGCUGUCACCACAACCAUCUGACUCGCCACAAGAAUCUGACCACGACAACGGAAGUUCUCUGUCACAACAACAAGAAACAGAUGAAAGCACAACAAAAACGAGCAAAAUUGAACAUGAAGGUAGAUUUGGAUUUUCAUUGUGCUUUGACAAUGUCAACCAAAAAACCACAGUUAGACACCAGACACGAGAUAAAAGAAACAAGAUAUUUAACAUGGUCCAAGCGUAUGCAGCGCGUGACAGGAUACCAACAACACAUUUAUCAGAUGCCUGGCCAACACCACAGGACAUUCUCAAAAUUCCCCUUGAAAGGUAUCUCCCUUCGGAAAUGGACGAGGUUGAUCUCCGGUUUGAAAUGACGAUUGUUGUGAUCAGGGUACUAUGCGACCAUAUCCCGGCUUUUAAGCGCUUGUCAGGGGACAUCAACUGGCACAUGCAACACAGAUACUCGAAAGAGUCAUCUUCGAAAAGCAAUCUUGUGCCUCUUGGUGUACUUGACAAAGAUGAAAGUCAGGUGUCUGAUACCAUAGACAUCAUGGAUGAAUACCAUAAAUAUGUUCCUGUGACACCAAAUGGAGAUCCGAUGACAGUUAUCCUGCAUGCAGAUGGACUAAGUGUCGAAAGGGGAAAUAAUGCACAGUGUGCGCGUAUCAACGCAAAUUCUCCGUGGCAACAGUUGCAGGGAUUGACCAUGAAUAUUCAAGAAUGGCACAAAAGAUGUCUCUUACUUCAGGAUAUUUAUGAUGAGCUCUACUCCGGAUCCAGUGGAAGAGAAAAGGGGACACUCUAUCAGCUCAAAAACUACUUCAACCACAGGGGUGUUACCACAAACAUCAAGGAGUCAUUCAACCACAGCGAAGAAUUCCUGGACUUCUGCACCAAUGGUUAUUUGGUUUUGGCAGCCAUGCAUUUCAUGUCUACAUCAGAUAUUGAAGAAAAACCACAGGAUUUCCCAUCAAAGACAGAAGAAGAGGUCCAUUUCCUCAACAAAAUAGCUGGGAAAAUUGUUGACAUGGUUUUCUUGUCCAGCCAGCCAACAGUAAAGAAAAUUGUCUUCUCAAAUGGGGAAGACAGUGAUGAAUGUCCUUCAGAGUACUGUGUAUGCCGGACAGAAAAACCAGGCCUUACAAUGGUUUUUUGUGACAAUAAGGCCUGUCCGAAUGGUAUUUGGUUUCACCUUGAAUGUCUGGACAUGGAAGAGACAGAUGUACCAGAAGGGAAAUGGUGGUGUACCGACGAGUGUAGGAACUCUAAACCAAGUUUAAAAAAAAGAAGAAAAACCGUGGCUGGUAGUUUACAGGACAACAAAAGGAACUACGCAAUAAAAGUCCUGUGGCAUGGAUUGAAUCAAAAAAUUAAAAGAGAUGCUAUUCGCGAAAAUGAUGGGAGCAGAAUCAUCCGCCACUGGAAAUUCGACUUGUUAGGCUUCUACGAGAAUCAUCACCCGAAAUACUUCUUGGUUUGCCAUCAACUUCUUUCUGCUAUUAAUGGAGCAGUUUCACCACGCCUACAGCAGACACUAAUUUGGAACAGAACGGUGAAUCCAAAUGGAGGACUGGGGAAGAAUAUGGAAAUGGACUUACAAAUGGAGCAUUACAACAAGCAAUAUAAAGAGAGUGUCAAAGAUGCAGCUGGCCAAUUGACACAAGAUACAAUUGCCAGACACAGCCAAAUGGUCGGUAUUGGAAAAUUGAUACGACAAGUAUAUGAAAAGCAGGUCUCUGGAGGUCGCAAAAGUGGUGUCCAAUCCAAGAGUGAUAUACACAGGGACAGUGACAUCAAAGAGUUUGUAGUGAUGAUGAAAGAUGAGAAGGUCUUUUCAACUCUUCCUGGAAGAAAUCACCCAAGUUUCCCAGAUAUAACAUUAAACUUGUACCCCAAAACACAACCAAAACCUUUCAAAGCCAGAUUGGUGAGAUUGCGCAAAGAAAUGUCAAUGAAAAGGGACAUAACUCUUCAAAUGCAAAGGAACUAAAUAAACUGUGAACAAUCUGGUCUGGCAUUGCAUUUAUUGGAAUUAAACACUAAAUAAGUUAU